UCAUUCACACCAAUAUCCAGUGAAGUAAAAGAGAAAAUGAUGGAGGCCAUGGUGACUCGUUACAAUCCCAGUACCAAGAUCUUAGAUUUGUCGCAAUUUUAUACUUGUUCACUGUUUACUAAUAAUCAACUAUUUGUACCAUUAAAUCGUCCAGCCGUUCUUUUGGCAGCACUUAAUAUGGCGGCUCAAUAUACCAAGCAUGACUUGUGUUGUUUGAAUCUUUCCAAAAAUUACAUAUAUUUAGGUGAAGGGCUUACAUGGAUACGUAGAUUGUUCCCUGAAUUAAAAGUGUUGGAUUUAGCUGAUAACAAAUUGUCUGAUUUAAACGAACUAAGGAGUCUCUCGGGUUAUUCAGUUGAAGUGCUCAAUUUGUUCAGAAAUCCAGUAUGCAAUUCAAUGGAUAAAGAGUGUUACAGACGGGAUGUUCAAAAACUAUUUCCUAUGUUAAUCAAGUUGGAUAACUUAAAUUUGCCUUCUUUGGACAUUGUUGGUACUAAGUUGAAAAUGCCAAUCAACCUGGGAAAUAGUUACCCAAUACUUCAGUACGGCUGCAACUUAAUACAAUCAAAUCCAUUAAUUACUCUAGUAGAAUUAUUCCUAACAAAAUACUAUAAACAGUAUGAUGAUACAAUGUCCAGACAAAUGGUAUUAGAAGCCUACCAUGAAAAUGCGACGUUUUCAUUAUCUAGUUGUUUACUAAAAACCUGUAACCAGGGUAGUCUAGCGGAUUACCUGCCAAAAAGUCGAAAUUUGUUGACAAUCGGCCUUAACAAAAAUAUAAAUAGUUUUAUACACAAAGGUAAAGCAAAUAUAUUAAGCAUUUUAGAAAAGUUACCCAAAACAAAACACGACUUUGGCUCAUUCAUUAUUGAUGUACCAUUUGCAAGUUCUACAAUAAUACAGGUUGUAGUGAAUGGUGUGUUUGCCGAAGAAUAUAAUGAAAACCACAAUCAUCAAGUAUUUCGAUCAUUUUGUAGGACAUUCAGUUUAGUGCCGGCUGUAAAUGGUUGGGUUAUAUUAAGUGACAUGAUGCUUGUAACAUUAGUCUCCUCCGAGUUAUCGGCAGAAUCAACAAAACGGUUCUAUAUUUUUAAGCCAACGAUGAUGAAUAAUACAUAUAAUAGAACCAGUUUACAAACAACAAUACAGGAUACAUUGCCUGAUGUAUUGUCAACUUUAGACUUCAAGACAUCCAUACCCAAAUGUCCAUCAUCGACAUCUUUUUUAUCUAAAGAACUCCCUCCAUUGUCACUGCCUACGAAUCCACAGCAAACCUCAGCUUGUCAAACAAAUUUUCAGACAUCUGUCAUACAGAACUUACAGUCAUCUCACCAGCAACAGAAUCCCCCUGCAUCAGCAACAGUUGGUAUCCUAUUAAACUCUCAAGAGUUAAAUUCAUCAUGUCCCAUGUCCAAUUCUAAAUUAUCAUUUCCUGUAAACAACACAAAACCAAUAGAGUCAGACUUCACAACAUCUACCAAAAUGCAUUCUUCCAGUAAUAUUGACAAUACUAAUAACGAAUUGUUAAUGAUCAAGAGGUUUUCAAAUGAGACAGGAAUGAACAAUAAAUGGUCAAAAAAGUGCUUAGUCGAUAAUAAUUGGGAUUUUGCCAAAGCUACAUUGUGUUAUUCAAAACUAAAACCUAAUAUUCCUUCAAUAGCAUAUAAACACUGAUUAAGUUUAAAUUAUUAUUUUAUAUAUUGUAUUACAUAAAGAAGAAGUUUAAAUAUAUUUGUUGAUCUUUUUAA